AACGUGCGGAAGCCGCGCAGUGCGUCCAACCCAUCGGCUUGAGGUGAAAAAGCUGCCCCCGGGGAAAGAGGAGCGGACAGCAGUCGGCCAUCCUAGGCCGUGUUUUUCUUAAACAAGCGAUACCGGUGCGGACAUGGCGACCACCAGCCCCUGCGUCGUGAUCAGUGAUGAGGAGCAAGGUUAUGACCUGGACCUCUUCUGCAUACCAAAGCACUAUGCUGCUGACCUGGAACGUGUCUAUAUUCCACAUGGACUCAUCUUAGACAGGACUGAGCGGCUGGCCAGGGAGAUCAUGAAGGAUAUGGGGGGCCACCAUAUUGUGGCCCUCUGUGUACUCAAAGGAGGCUACAAGUUCUUCGCAGACCUGCUAGACUACAUCAAAGCCCUUAACCGCAAUAGUGACCGCUCCAUUCCAAUGACUGUGGACUUCAUACGCCUCAAGAGCUACCAAAAUGACCAGUCUACGGGUGAGAUUAAGGUGAUUGGUGGAGAUGAUCUGUCCACACUCACAGGGAAGAAUGUCUUGAUUGUGGAGGACAUCAUUGAUACCGGAAAGACAAUGAAGACACUGUUAGAACUCCUCAAGCAGUACAAUCCAAAAAUGGUCAAGGUAGCCAGUUUGCUUGUGAAGAGGACACCGAGGAGUGUUGGCUACAGGCCAGACUUUGUAGGAUUUGAGGUCCCGGACAAAUUUGUGGUGGGAUACGCACUAGAUUACAACGAGUACUUUAGAGAUUUAAAUCAUAUCUGCGUCAUCAGCGAAACAGGAAAAGAGAAGUACAAAGCGUGAGGUGGCCUGCGCCUCCCCCUUUUAGCUGUGUAUCAUUUUUAUUGAUGUCCAUUUUAUAUUAUAUCUGGUUUGUAAUUUUCACGAGUGCAGCUCACCACAGAUACAGGUCCUCCUCUCAGGGUCUCUGGUGAGGUGCAGAGAGGGUGUGCUCAUGGAAUACCUCACAUUUGCUCAUCCUUCCUUUAGUCCACUGGCUAACACACAUUAGUGACCAUAAGCAUUUCUCAACUAAAUCAAAAAUGCUAUCUGGUUUGAGUGCAUUUAAAUAUGACUGACUGUAAAUGUUAGCGUGAGGGCAGAUAAAUGUUUAAUUUAUUACAUUUCUGUUUGCUGAAAUUAUCGCCAGACGUUAUGAUAAAUAUUUCAUUCAUCAAAAUUAGGUGGCAUCUAACCAAAAAAUUAGAAUUAUAUCCUGCUUAAUAGGAUCAAUCCCAUGUAUUUGCACAGUGAACAAAAUCAAUUAUUGAGUCAAAGAUUUAUAGUACAAGACCAUGAUUUGCACAGUUGAAUUUAAUGAACAUGCAUCCUUUUACCAGUAAGAUUGCGAUAUAUAUGCAAAAGUACUUAACAUUUAAGAUCAAGCAGUUGAUACAGAAAAUCUGUUAUCCAACUAAUGAAAAAAGAAUUUUGUUUCAGUAACUGUAAGUCCAAUCAUUUUACCUGCUUUUAUGAUGUCUGUUUAUUGCAGUUUAGGAGCAAUGCUGCUGCUUAAGUGUUUUUGACAAUUUUACAUGGGUGGGGGGGGGGCGCAUGUUAUGGUGCCUUAUAUGCCAAGUCAUAUAGCCACAAUAACAAUCAUACCGAUACACUUGCUGUAACAACACAAGAACUGAUGAACUGAAGGCAACUUAUUCUACACAUUCUUAAUUUACCAGCUUGUAAAUUAGCCUUAUAGGUCAGUAUGCUAGGCAUGGAGUGCAUAUCUAGGUCCUAAAAUUGAUUAUUUAAAACAGUUUUGAGAAGGGGGAGGGGGGGGGUGAACUUUGGUGUGCUGGAGUCCAGCAGUUUGCUCCAGUGUCUACUAAACUUGUUGCUUAAUUGAUGAGCAGAAUCAAAGGUGCAUUUGAGCAAAGAAAUCAAGAAAGCUGGACCUUAGCCAAACAGGACCAGAGUUGGGCCCCCUUGGUUUUUAAAUUUAAAGCGUACACCUUAAAUGCUGUUUUCAAACAGCAUCCCAAUUCUGUUGUGACAUGUGGAGUAGGUUAUUUCAUCACGUAGUGGACCACUGUAUCAGCGUGACUUGAGGAUAUCACAUUAAAAAUGUAUUGCAUUGAAUGUAA